AUGGCGAAGAGAGGUAGAGCUGCUAUUUUGCCAACAAAUAUUAUUUUGUUACAAAAUCUGGUUAAACGUGAUCCUCAAUCAUACUAUGAAGAGUUUUUACAACAGUACAACCAUUAUGAAUCAUUAAGGGAUAUUUUUAUGUUGAAUGGUAUGGGAAGUGAGUUAGUUGGUAACACUGGAGAUGAGUCCGCUGGCGCAUCCACAUCAGGAACGUCAACAACAACAUCAACUUCUCAGCUUCUAGAACUUAUUGGUUUUGUUUCCCAAGUUUGUUCAUGCUUUCCAAAAGAAACCGCUAAUUUUCCAAAUGAACUGCAACAAUUAGUUUUAGAGCAUCACUCAUCACUACCGUUUGAACUAAAGGAAAAAAUUAUUACAUCCUUAAUGAUGUUGAGAAAUAAAGGUGUUAUUACCCCAGAACAACUAAUUCAAACCUUAUUUCCAUUAUUGAUUGCUUACUCAUCUACUGGUGCAUCAUUGAAUGCAAAUUCUCAUGCUCGUGAGUUAAGAAAAUUAUUAUAUAAUGCUGCUGUGGCUUUAUUGAAAAGUUGCAAUACAGGCUCAAAGAAUCAAAAAUUAAAUAAAUCUACACAAGCUGUUUGCUUUAACUUACUUGAGCAACCAGAUUCUCAAGGUAUCUGGGCAGCUAGAUUAACUAGAGAACUAUGGAAACGUGGUAUCUGGGAUGAUUCUCGUGCUGUUGAAAUUAUGACACAAUCAGCUUUGCAUGCUGACGUCAAAGUUGCCUUAUCUGGUGUAUUAUUCUUUUUAGAUGCUGACAAAGAAAGAGAAGAGAAUUUUGAAGAGAAAUCCGAUGAUGAUGAUGAUAUUGAUUUAGAAUCAUUAAAACAUAAAAUGAAAAUAAAUAAAAAAUCGAGUAAGAGAGGUAAAAAACUAGAAAAUGCUAUAAAGACUGUUAAGAAAAAUAACAACAAUAAGAAUAAUGGUAAUAAACAACUUUACCUAAAUUUCAGUGCUAUUCACUUAUUAAGAGACCCACAAGGUUUUGCUGAAAAGCUUUUCGCUAGGCACUUAUCAGGAAAAAGUGCAAACAAAUUUACUUUAGAACAGAAAAUCUCUUUAAUGCAAUUGAUUUCAAGAUUAAUUGGUACCCAUAAAUUGAUGGUUCUCGGUAUUUACACUUAUUUUUUAAAAUACUUAACCCCAAAACAGAGAGAUGUUACUAAGAUUAUGGCAGCAAGUGCACAAGCUUGUCACGAUUUAGUCCCACCCGAAACAAUCAAUAUUAUGGUACGCAAAAUUGCAAAUGAGUUCGUUUCUGAUGGUGUUGCUUCAGAAGUAGCUGCGGCUGGUAUAAAUAUCAUCAGAGAAAUUUGUUCAAGAGCUCCAUUAGCUAUUGAUGAAACCCUUUUGCAAGAUUUAGUUGAAUAUCGUGGAUCAAAAGCCAAGGGUGUUAAUAUUGCAGCAAAAUCGUUGGUUUCCCUAUAUAGAGAACUUGCACCAGACAUGUUAAAGAAGAAGGAUCGUGGUAAGACCGUUUCUUUGAAAUUACAAGAAGCAAAGAGAGAAGGUGUUGAUUAUAAAGGCAAAUUGCAAUUUGGUGUUGAAACUGACAAUGUCGACAAGAUUGAAGGUAUUGAAUUAUUAGCCAAGUGGAAGAGAGACCAAAAUGCUAACAACGAAAUGGAGGAAAAUGAUAAUGCAAACUGGGAAGUUGACGACAUCGAAGACAAUGAAAGCGAUGUUGAUGGUGAGUGGGUUACUAUAGACAGUGAUAAAGAGUAUGAUGUCGACAUGGAUGAUUCAGAUGAUGAGAAUGAAAAAGCUAAGAAGAACGAUUCUGAUUUGGAACUAAGCGAUGACGAAGAAGGUGAGGAAGAAGAAAACUCAGAAAAAACUAAAGAAGUGCCAAUGACUGCUGAAGAUGCUUUCCGUGAAUUAGCUUCCACUAGAAUUUUGACACCUGCUGAUUUCUUAAAAUUACAAGAAUUAAGAAAUGAAGAUAACGUUACCAAGAUCAUGAAUAUGGGUAAGAAAAACAACGAAGAACUUGUUGAUUCUGAUAGAUUAACUGGUCCUAUUAAAUAUAAACAAACCAGAGAAGAAAGAUUACAAAAGGUCAUGGAAGGUAGAGAAGGUAGAGAGAAGUUCGGUAGUAGACGUGGUAAGAGAGAUACGGUUAGAAGUACAACAAAUAAAGAAAAAGCUAGAAGGAAGAAUUUUGUUAUGAUGAUUCAUAAGAGAUCUGUCACUGGUAAGCAAAAAAUGUCAUUAAAGGACAAACAAAAAGUGUUACGUGCUCAUAUCACGAAACAAAAGAAGAAAGGUUUCUAA